AUGUCCUCCCAAAAUAGUAUCACUACUAUGGAGCUAUCCGAACAAGAACGUUACUUCGACAGGAUAUGCGAUGCUUCUCACAACUACCCUCAAAAUUCUUCCAGCAGCAGAAGGAGUGCCAGAGCCCGGCAAGCAGUAGCCACUACUUGGAAUCAAGAAGCAGCUCGGAUCUUCCACCCGAGACCUGAAAAUGCUUGUCUUAAGAUCUUUGAAACCUGCGAUUGCAUGACUCCGUGCAACUGUCAAUCGCUCUCGGGUGAUGUCAAGACCAUGGGAGAUCUCUUACUUCGGCUGCAGCCAAACAAGAAAGCCCCAAAGAUGAGAUAUGUAUCUUCCAAAGAUCAAGUCAGAUGCCCAAUUACGAUGUUCAAAUAUCUAUGCACGUAUCAACAAAUUCCGCCUUCGUUCCUAAGCUGCCUCUACUCCUUCCGACGGUCACACUCUGCUCAGGAAUGGUGUAACCUUCCUCAAUUCAACGACGACAAUACGCUGCUCUCGUCCGAGGACGAUAUCCUCCCUCUCGAUCGAAUGGGUCUCUCGGGGCGAGAAAUUAGAUCUUGGGGAGUCCGGCAACUCGCAGUAUAUCAUUCCUUUGACAUCAAAAGCGGGCAGUCGUUUUGGGUGACCUGCAAGGGAAACUCACUGAACGAGCAGUUGUUCCAAGAAGCUUUGGCUGAGAAUAAAUGUCUCCAGUCAAGCUUUCUAGAAUCUGUUCCACGGGCGUUCUCGUCUUCUCUUGAGGUUCUCACUUUGCUGAUUGACUGGUGUGAUGAUGAUUGGAUAUUCUACAUCAACGAACUCUUUGAUGGGAUCAAACCACUUGUGGACAAAGCGAGAACCCCCGCCAUAAAAGACGAGUCAGCCCUUACAAAAGACGUGAAAAUCAUAACAGGGUUGGCUGAGUCUCCUUCGAAAAGGCUCUCACAUAUGACGAGUCUCGAAUCUGGGGCAGCGCGCAGUCAAAGCAAUGAAAAAGAGGAUCCGUGGGGUGAUCUCAAUGACCGAGUCAAAAGACUUGAGAGACUUGAAGUGUUUUCUUUUGACGAGCUCCAAAAAUUGCAACAAGGCUUGGAGACGAUUCAAGAAGCGCUCCUGGUUCUCAAGCUAAACAACCAAGUCAUCAGACAGAUCCGCGAGCACUACCAGUGUCUUAUGACUCAGUAUCGGCUUCCCGCUCUGAAAGAGAUCAAGAAAGGUUGCGAGGAUUCGUUUCUUCGAUAUUGUCGGCACUCUCGAAAUGUCGAGGCCAAUAUAGACGCUCAUCAGGCGCAGCUCAAUGCGCUGCUAUUGCUCGUCAAGGAGAGCAAAGAAAUGUAUAACACCAUUCUCCAAUACAAAACCAUUCAGAUCAACAAGAUCUACGCAGAGAGCGCACACUUGUCGACUCGAAAUAUGGAGAAUAUCGCCAGCAAGACCAAGCAAGAGACGAGCUCGAUGCAUAUCAUCACUUUUGUGACUCUGAUUUUCCUCCCUGGAACAUUCAUGGCUUCUUUCUUUCAGAGCGGUAUCCUUGAAUGGCCUCAAGUGGGCGCAAAGGCGGCAUGGAGACUGAACAAGCAGAUUUUCUCUCUAUUUUUUGGCCUUUCCGCCACUAUCACGAUCGUCACCAUUGCUAUUUGGAUGAUCAUUCUUAUCAUGCUGCGCAGGCCGCAAAGCGAAAGAGUCAAACACGCAUCUUAG